GUAGUUCCUUCCCUGGAAAACCUUAUCUGACGUUUUCGGGAAAACUGGUUGGACCUGACGUCAAUUAUUUUCUGGCAUUUGUUUAAAAGUGUGUACAUUUGGCUGAAAAUAGUGUUCAUUUUUGACUGCUGUUGAUUUUCUCACAUACUUGUAUAUGCUUACAGAGUACGCCUUCUACAGUAGCUAAUCUACGACGUACAUUGUUUACGAUAUUCAGAGAAAACAAUGGCAAACCGCAACGUUGAUUUACUUCUGAUUGGGAAAACCGGAAAUGGCAAAAGCGCAACCGGAAACGCAAUUCUUCGACGGAGGGUGUUCAAGUCGGUACCUAGUCCCAACUCUGUAACAAAAAACAUCCAGAUGGAUUACUCCAACUUUAACGGUCGUGUCAUCAAGGUGGUAGACGGACCUGGUGUUGGGGACACUGACCUUAACGAAGAAAACGGCGUCAAGCUUGUUCUGGACACCAUGAAAUUAGCUAUCGCGGCCAACCCAGAGGGCUACCACGCUUUUCUGCUGGUUGUCCGGUUUGGGGGUAGGUUCACAAAGGAGGACAGGCAGACCAUCCGUGUACUGAAGGCUUGCUUUGGUGACGACUUUGUGUCCAAGUUUUGUAUCCUGGUGGUGACGUGUGGCGACAACUUUGAUCCGGAGGAAACGGGAACAAAUUCUUUUGACGAGUGGUGGCGUCAGCAGACUGGGGUGUUCAGAGAACUGGUCAAGGAAUGUGGAAAUAGGGUUGUCCUGUUUGAUAACAAGACAAAAGAUGAAAACAAGUUGAAUUACCAGCAGAGUAUCCUUAUCCAAAUGGUUGAUGGGUUAAGUGCCCUUGGCAUACGGUAUUCCGAUAAGCAUUUUGAAAUGGCUCAAAUCACUCGAAACCGCCUUCUUGUAGAGUCUAAGCUACCCAUGAUCCGUGAAGACAGUAUGAGAGAGACGAGCCUCAUCAUUCAACAGCUGGCAAAGAUCCAGCUUGACGAGCCAGAGAAACAGCUGGCAGACCUGCAUGAGCUGAAGAAACGCGCUGAUGUCUUGCUCAAAUCUAUCCAGGAAAACGACAAAGGAACCGGUGCUCUAAGCGCAAUGAUUAAAAAUGCCAGACACAUUGUGAGCUGUGUGGAGGACCAAAUCACCAACACCAAGACCGCCGUAGAACUCAACGAGAAACGGAAACAGCAAGCGGCGGAGAUUGAGAGGAUGAAAAUUGAAAGGGAACAGCGUCAAAAGGAACUUGACGAGGAACAUCGACUGGAACUGGAGCGUAAAAUCCAACAGAUGGAAAUGGAACAGCAGGAGUACAGGUGUAGGAUGGAAUCGAUGGUGACCGGCCUAAAGUCAGAGUCCCAGAAACUGGAGCAGGAGUACACAGAGGUCAGGAACAACCAGACGUGGGAGAUUGUCAAAUAUGUUGGUGCUGCUGUUGGCGCUGUGUUCGUUGAGCACAUCCUCCCUGUCAUUAUGGAUGGGAUUAAGGGCCUCAUGUACACCGACACAAAGGACAAGAAAUACCUGGAGGCUAAGAAAUAUGACAGCGAUGACGAUGAUGAUAACAAAUCAAAGGGCACUCCAAAACUACGGGAACUUUAGGUUCACUCCCUGUACUAAUUGUUGUAAUUCUUUGAUGACAAGCAGAAAUAUUUCCACAUAUUUUAUUAUAUUGUGAUCAUUUCUUAUAAUCCAUUACAACUUUUAAAUUUUCUUAAUUUUGAUAAAAAUACAUUCAUUCAUCAGUUUCGGAUUUAGUCUUGACAAGGCCGUAAGUUAUUUGAGAUAUGAGGUCCCUUAUACAUCCGGCUAUUUUACGAUAGUGCUAAAUAUUUGCAUUUUUUCAAAAGAAGAUUGCCGACAUUUUUUUAGCUGAAAAAGAAAAACUCGGCCUCCACGGCGGCUUGAAAACAAAAUAUAAAUUUGGCAAAUGCUAAAAAUAAAAAACUUUUGAGAGGCUCGCAAGUUUUAUCUGAGAUGACAACGUCGCCAGGAAGCUUUAGACUGGAAUCCUAAGGGGGUGGGGAAUGGCCAAGGAAAUCACCAAGAAAGGCCCUAGAAAAUAAAGCAUGGGCUGCCAGCCUUACAUGGGCGCAAAAUAAAGAGAGAUGUCCAAAUCCAGGUCAGAUACAGAGGUGUUGCUGUAGCCCUUUGCUCCCCAAAAGAGGUGUGUCUGCAACCAUUUCCUCCUAAGGAGAGGUAUGUCUGCAGCCCUUUGCUCCCCAGGAGAGGUGUUGCUGUAGCACUUUGCUCCCCAGGAGAGGUGUGGCUGUAUCCCUUUGAUCUCCAGGAGAUGUGUUGUUGUAGCACUUUGCUCCCCAGUAGAAGUUUGUCUGUACCUUUUGCUCCCCAGGAGAAGUGUGUCUGCAUCCCUUCGCUCCCCAGUUGAUACAAGGGUAUAAGUGAAGUGCAAGUUAAAUCUUGUUUUGCUUAUACUUAUCUCCGGAACUGUUAGUCACUUAAAACCUACAUUACACUUUUAUGAAGUAACUGAUGAGUUUGUUUACGCCUCAUACUGUAUAUAAAAUGAAUUCUUGUUUUUUGCUAAAUGGCAUUUAAGUAUACAUCCGUUUUGUAAAAAUGAUUGUGGGGAUACAACAUUCGCCCAACUUUGUAAGUUUUAAUUAAAGAAUUAAAAUAAUAAUCAAUUAAUUUGUAUUGUAUUUUUCCAUUGGCUUUUAAUUAACAAUUAUUUGUCCUAAUACAUUUUGAUGCCAUGAUAAAUUUGUAUUGGUGAAAGAACGUUCAUUCUAAAGUUUUAAAUAAAAUUUCAUUUUCCAAAACGGU